UGUUGCUAACAUUCACUUAUUUUCUUGUUAAAUAAUGAAUAUAUCAGUUCCCACGGCCUUGUCUUUGUAAUUGCUGGCAUGGCUCUCCACGCAAAUAACUAACAUGUUGAAGUGCUGGUUAUAGCCUACUAACGUACAAACUGUUCAAUUAUUUUCAUGCUGGUAUCUAUAGUGGCAUGAUGGUGUUUAUGAAUGCAUAUGGGAAACUUCGAAUUGUGUCUUGUCAUAGAGAAAGUAGUCGACCGUCCGAUCAAACGUUAUUGUUAAAUUAAUGGAAAUGCCAAUAUGUCAUUUGGAAACCUCAUUUUAUUCUGAUGCCUUUUCCACAUAUUUCGAACGGCCCUUGGCGCUGGUACACCUCUCCACCUUACACAGAGGGGUGAUAAUCUGUCCCGUUCUGUUGCAACAGAACAGUCAUUCGGGAAACAGGGCGGUAUAAUCCACUUCACAUCUCUCUCUACCAACGUACACUUACGCACUCCCACGGAGCACACGCGUUUGCAGCAGUUCCCCGAAUCUUUCCGCAUAAUUUCGUUUAGAUUCGUUUAAAGCGAGUCGGAAUACUGUCAUACAACGACGGAACGGGUGUUUUUAGUUUUUUGGUUGUUGUUGUUGUUAUUGUUGUUUGGGAAAUGAGCGAUGGAUGGGCACAACGAGCGGAACUCUCCAAAAGACGCACCCAAUAACACAGAGAUACUUUUUGCCCUGCUGACACAAAGCGAGGAACUAAGUAAAGAGAUCCCUCUGUGUGCGGGCUGCAACCAGCACAUCGUGGACCGCUUCAUCCUGAAGGUCCUGGAUCGCCAUUGGCACAGCAAGUGUCUCAAGUGCAGCGACUGCCAGUCUCCGCUGGCCGACAAGUGCUUCAGCCGGGGGGACAGUGUCUACUGCAAGGAGGAUUUCUUCAAGAGAUUUGGAACCAAAUGCGCAGCAUGCCAGCAGGGUAUCCCUCCGACGCAGGUGGUGCGCCGGGCGCAGGACUUCGUCUAUCACCUGCACUGCUUCGCCUGCAUCGUGUGCAAACGGCAGCUGGCCACGGGGGACGAGUACUACCUGAUGGAGGAUAGCAGACUCGUGUGCAAAGCGGACUACGAGACCGCCAAGCAGAGGGAAGCGGAUUCCACGGCAAAAAGACCGCGCACCACGAUCACAGCCAAACAACUGGAGACGUUGAAAAACGCCUACAAUAACUCACCCAAACCGGCACGGCACGUCAGAGAGCAGCUCUCGUCAGAGACUGGCUUGGAUAUGCGAGUGGUGCAGGUCUGGUUCCAGAACAGGCGGGCGAAGGAGAAGAGGCUGAAAAAGGAUGCCGGGCGCCAGAGGUGGGGGCAGUACUUCCGCAACAUGAAGCGCUCGAGGGGCAGCUCCAAGUCAGACAAGGACAGCAUCCAGGAAGAGGGCCUGGACAGCGACGCAGACGUCUCCUUCACAGACGAGCCUCCCAUGUCGGACCUGAGCCACUCCAACGGGCUGUAUGGCAGCCUGAGCGAGACGUCUCCGGCCAUGGGCCGCCCGGCGGGCACGCACCCCUCCUUCCCCCUGGAGCACGGCGUCAUCCAGGCCCAGGAGUCCUACCACGACAUCCGCUCGGGCAGCCCCUACGGCCUGCCCCAGUCGCCCAACUCCCUGCAGACCCUCCCCCGCCACCAGCCCCUCAUCUCUGGCCUCGUCUACCCCGACUCCGGCCUCCCCAUGGUGGGCCAGGUCGGGCCCACGGGCAUGGGACAAGGGGGCAGGCUGAUGAGCGGGGCCAACGGGCCCAGCUCCGACCUGUCGACGGGCAGCAGCGGCGGCUACCCAGACUUCCCCGCCAGCCCGGCGUCUUGGCUGGACGAGGUGGACCACGCGCAGUUCUGAUGUGGACAGGGAGCGUCCAAGCCCGGCAGCAUCCAAGAGGGGCUCCCUACGAGCUCUGCGAGGAAGGAGAAGAGAAAUAAAAACAAAUACACAUGUUGAGUGGAACUCUCUGUCAGUCUGUUCAUUUGCGUUCUCUUCUACAUUCCCAUACAUCUGCAUGGACUGAUGUGAAAGACAGAGGGACAAAAUAUCGGAGCCUAAAGUAGCCGAACGAGCAUCAAGGAGAGGCCUAGCACUGACAUGCUAAGAUUCCUGGCAGCGAGUGCCUCAUCUUGCUGCUCAAUGGACUUCUUCUAAUGGAAUAAAGGAUGACAAUACCGCAACAAUGCCCAUCCACUUCCAUUCCCCACUGGUCUGGACAGGCCCUUGCCACACUCGCGCCUUCUUGCAUUCGACGUACAGCCCUAAAGAUGAUUCCCACAGUUGGUAGAAGAACUCAGUACUGCUGAAGACUUAGUGGAGCUGGAAAAUGGACAGAGACACAUUUCAAAGUUACCAAGAUGCCUGUGGAACCCAUUUUGCUUUAUGUCGGUUUUCAUGUAUUCAUUUGAUUUUUUUUUUUAAUUUUUCAAAUGCGUCACGAACAGUCGGUCUACACUUCAAAGCGGAUCACACGCACAGUCGGGGACAAUACCCAGUUGUUGUUGGUGUGUGUGUGUGUGUGUGUGUGUGUGUGCGUGUGUGUGUGUGCACUAAAGCGCAGAAGCAUUGAGGAAAAAAGGACACAUUUGCUGAAUUGGGUUUUGAUAGACUACCAGCUUCCAUCAUGUCUCUAUUCAGUGGUUUUUAGUGUGUGACAUCAACGGUUUUCGUCAAAGUGUCUGGUUGUUGCCAAAUGUCUAUAUAUAAUGUGAUUUAACAUUGUGGAGACUUUAUUUUUAUACAAAACCCUCUGGACAGCAAGUUCCACAGAUAAUAAAGACUUUGUACAUUUACCAACAGGGAUAAACAAGUUGUAGAUGUUGUCUCUCGCUAUUGAAAUAGACUACUUCUAUGCAUUUGUGUGUUUUCAGAUGUCUCUUGUACAUUACAGUCUACUGAUUGCACCUGAAUGAAAUUGACCCGGGGUGCUAAAUGUGUUUGUUUAUGUGAAAAGAUGUUUUAUGUCUUAUUUAUUCUCUCCAGUGAUGGUUAUGACUAUGAUUAAGUGAUACAGGUCUUUAAUAAAUUUGUCAGCUAAAC